CCACCAUCCCCGAUGGGAGACAGCGUGGCCCCCCCCUCCUCGCCGCCCCCCUCGCCCGGGGAUGCCCUGCAGAGAGAGCGCAGCCCCCCCCAGCGCGACCGGCCCGUCCCUCCAGACGUCGUCCCCUCCGAAAGGACCGUCCCGCCCGUCCCUGCAGCCGUCACCCCCUCCGAAAAGACCGUCUUGCCCACCCCUGGAGCCGUGCCCCCCUCCCAGCAGCCCGUGUGCCCCCCAGCCGUGAUGCCCCCCUGCGAGAGCAGCCCCCCGCAGCGUGACCGUCCCGUCCCUCCAGCCGUGACAUCGUCAGGACAGCCCGUGUCCCCCAGCCCUGUGGCCAUGGCCCCCUCAGCAGAGAGUGUCCCCCCGUGGCGUGACCAGGCCCCCCCCGGGCCCCCCAAGCCCCCUGGGACGGAGCACCCCAAAGCAGAGGUGUCACCCCACGCCCCCGAGCAGCCGAGCCCUGUCCACGCUGCCACCCCAUGCCCGGCAGAGACGCUGCCCCCCGGGAGCCAGACCCCAGCCCCAGCUGCCAGGGAAGGGGCUCCCCCUGAUGCCAAGAGCCCCCCGGGUGCCACGGCCGGGCCCUCAAAGGACGUGACCCCCCGGAGCGACCGCCCCUCACCAUCUCCUGCCGCCAGCCCCCGGCCCAAGCAAGAUGCCCAGAAAGCCCAGGCAAGGCACAAGCAGGCGAAGGAGCGGCGUGAGGAGCGGGCCAAGUACCUGGCUGCCAAGAGGGUGCUGUGGCUGGAGAAGGAGGAGAAGGCCCGGCUGCUGCGGGAGAAGCAGCUGGAGGAGCGGCGCAAACGGCUGGAGGAGCAGCGGCUGCGGGCGGAGAAGCGCCGGGCGGUCCUGGAGGAGCGGCAGAGGCAGAAGCUGGAGAAGAACAAGGAGCGCUACGAGGCAGCGAUCCAGCGGUCGGCCAAGAAGACGUGGGCAGAGAUCCGGCAGCAGCGCUGGUCCUGGGCUGGGGCCCUGCACCACGGCUCCCCCGCACACAAGGACGACCGGAGCUUGCAGCUGAGCCCGUGGGAGAGCAGCAUCGUGGACCGGCUGAUGACGCCCACCCUGUCCUUCCUGGCACGCAGCCGGAGCGCCGUGACGCUGGCUGGGAACGGCAAGGAGCAGGUGCCCGUGUGCCCCCGCUCGGCCUCCGCCAGCCCCCUCAGCCCCUGCCACAACCACCGGCUGCCGCACCGGUGCUGGGAGCGGCGGAAGGCGGCCACCGCCAGCCCCGACGUGACGCCGCGCCGCAGGACCGAGCCCUCGCCCAAGAAGAAGGAGAAGAAGGAGAAGGACCGGGAGAACGCCAAGGAGCGCAGUGCCCUGUCCCGUGAGCGCAGCCUCAAGAAGCGGCAGUCGCUGCCGGCAGCACAGCCCCGGCUCCUGCCUGCGGCCGACAGCAGCCCGGGCCCCAAGAACCGUCCCUCAUCACCUGCCACCCCCAAGAACCGUCCCUCAUCCCCUGCAACCCCCAAGAACCGUCCCUCGUCCCCUGCCACCCCCAAAGCCCGCCCAGCGUCCCCCAGCCCAGCCCUCGGCUCUCCCCACAAGCCUCCUCUGCCCCGCAGCGCCCACUCCUCCCCCAAGGUGCGGGCCAGGGCGCGGGAGGAGCGGGGGGAGCAGGAGGCCCCGGUGAAGGCACGGGAGAGGAAGGAGGAGGAGCGGGGCCCGGCGCCCCCAGCCCUUCCCGAGCCCCCCAAGGUGCCCGCAGAGCCGACGGCAGCCCCCUCAGCCCCUGCAGCCCCCGGCCCUGUGCCGGCCAGCCCCCCAGCCAGACCCCCAGCCGGCACCACGGACCGCGAGGAGGCCGCCCGGCUGCUGGCGGAGAAGCGGCGCCAGGCCCGGGAGCAGCGGGAGCGUGAGGAGCGAGAGCGCCGGGAGCAGGAGGAGCAGGAGAGGCGGGCGCAGGAGGAGCGGGCGGCCGAGGAGCAGAGCCGGAGGGAGGCCCUGGCACGGCGGAGGGACGAGGAGCGGCGGCUGCAGGAGGAGCGAGAGGCCCAGGAGAGAGCCCGGGCCGAGCGGGAGGAGACGGAGCGGCUGCAGAGACAGAGGGAAGAGGCCGAGGCGAGGGCACGGGAAGAGGCCGAGCGGCAGCGCCUGGAGAGAGAGAAGCACUUCCAGCGUGAGGAGCAGGAGCGGCUGGAGAGGAAGAAGCGCCUGGAGGAGAUCAUGAAGAGGACGCGCAAAUCAGACGCAGCGGAUGCCAAGAAGAAGGAGGACAAGAAGGUGGUGAACGGCAAAGCGGCCGAGCAGGAGGAUGCCCCAGGCCGUGAGAAGCACCCGGGGCCGAUCCCGAAGGCGGAGGAGCUCCCAGAGACGGAGCCGCCGAGCGCGGGGACACCGGGGGGCACGAAGGGCCUGGCGGGCGAGGGGCUGCAGCCGAGCGCCAAGGAGGCGGCGGCCCUGGUGAAUGGCGUCCAGCCCGGCAAGCACGAGAACGGCUUCACGGGCACCGAGGGCCCCAAGGAGCUGCGGGACCUCCCCCACCACGGCAGCAGCCCCGGCAGCAUCAUCCCCUUCGGCGACAAGGAGCCCUUCCUCAAGCAGGCCGUGGUGAAGCCCCCGCAGGUGACAGAGGUGCUGUGAGGGCCUGGCCGACACCCCCACGGGGCCACCACCCGCACCCUGAGCCCGCCUGGACCCGGAGCUGCCGUCACAGCACGACCCUCGCUGCUCCCCCGGGGGGCUGCGGGACCCCCCGGCGGGGACGCCUGGCUCCUCUCUCUCUGUCCUCGUUUUUAUUUCGUUUUGUUGGUUUUUUAUUUUUAUUUUAAACAUGCACCUUAUCAGACUGACAGCCCACCCCCGCAGCCCACCGGAGCCGCCCCAGACGUGUGGUGUAAUGAUGUAGUUAUUUAACUCGCUGGGUACAACGUCUGUGAAUACUGUAAAUAGAGCCGGCCGGGCGUGGGGAUGCCCCGGGGGGAGCUCGGGGUGGGGGGGGGUCAUAGCUCCCCAUCCCCACGUGUGUCCCCCCGCAUGUCCGUGUGCCCGGUGCCCCCGGGCCCGGCCGGCACCACGCUGCUCUGUGCCCUUGUGACAGUGUUAUUGCAUCCAGACAACCUUUGCCAACAAUAAAAGUGGACAAUGCC